AGUGUGGGCAGCAGCGUGACAUUGCAGCCACCGGUCAAUCUUGAAAAAAAUGAAUUUUAACAUCUGGAACAUCAAGGAGAUGCUCAGCACUCCAACAGCCUCUGGGCCUAACAAGUUUUCUGUCCGGAGCAGUGCUCCCAGUGACUACUCGAGUCUGAGUGAUUCUCAGCUGCUCUUCGGCUCCCAGUUCUGCCCGGAGAACGUGCAGUCGGCAGCGGCACCGCUGGAGCUGGGCACGCAGCUGGGACAGCACAACUCCCAGGACAGCGAGCCCAGUAUUUUCACUAAAUACCAGACAAAACCACAGUUAUUUGAUGAAGAUACAAGAGAAAAAGGCUUGCUUAAUUUUGGUGCAGGAAGAGGGAAAAGUGUCCUGGAAAAUUUUGAAGUGAAUAAGAACAAAAUAAAGGACAAAUAUGAUCGAGAGGUUUUAAGCACCUUUAUUUCCAGUAUCAACGACAGGCUUCAAGGGCUGCAAGUGUGCUUGGACAAGUUUGAAGAAAUGUUCAAUUUGAGAAACAAAUCCAUUUUGGUUCAUCUAGAAACCAUUUCCAAGACACUGCAAGAUGCUCUUCAAAGUCACAGUGAGUUGGUGCUGAAAGCCCUGGCAGAUAAAAGCCAAAUGGAGCAGGCGCUGCUGGAGAUGGAGAGGAGACUUGCAGCCAAAGACAUGGGGAUUUCAGAUGUGAAAUCCAGUGUCCAGCAGCUGAAGGAGAGCCUGGAGUCGCUGCCGGCUCAGCUGAGCGAUCAGCACCUGAAGCUGUGUGAAGAACUAGGCUCCUUGAAGUUCCCUAGUGCCUUAGCUGAGCUGCACACAUUCAUGUCCAGUGCCAGAGCCCCCCCUCGGAUGGCGGAUGACUCUUCUCAGACCUCCCCUGGCACAUGCCAGGGCUGUGCCUCACGUCAGGAGACAGAGCACUGUCUGCGCUGCCGAGGCAGGGCGGGUUGCACCUCCUCAGGUCUGUCCCAGCACGAAGUCCUGCCCGUGGGGAGCCAGCCCACCGUGGACGGGACACCUGGGAGAGACCUCAGCACAGCUGUUCUGGGACCACAGAGCUGUGCCACCCAUCCCUGUAUGUGCUGUGCUAACAAUCAGUGUCCUGGGGGGAGUCGGAAGAAGCACUGCCCCAUAGCGCAGGAAGCGGCUCUGCUAACUCCUCUGAGGAAGGCGAUCAGGAGGAGCACUAUAGGAAUUAAAAAUGCGACACCAUCGCAACAGAGGCAGCCUCAGGUUUGCCACAUUUUUGUACAAAACAACAUGCCCGGGCAAAGAGACGGGAACUCAUCCACAGAGCAUGAGCUGGAGAAUGUAGCUGUAGGGAACAAAGCAAAGCAGAAGUCAGGAAGGAUCCCUUGGAAUAAAAUAAUGGAGAGGAAGAAAACAUACUCCAGCAAGAGGAAAGGAGAGCUCUCUAGAGGUGCUGACGGUGGGCUGAAGCAAGUAAGGGCAAACAGGAUUAUUGCUUUGGGAAGCUCCAGAAAAAAAUGCUUUCCCAGAUACACGGUUGCUCUCAAUUUAGAAAACUCUAACCCGGUUUCUUCAGCUCCCAGUCAACAGAUGCUCGGCAGUGCUCAGCCGAGGCUUACAAGGAAUUUCCUACCUGUGCCAUGCUCCAGUAAAGGCGUGCAACAGCUUGCAGACAAAACAAAGAGAAAUUUGGAAAACAAGAAGAGAGUGAUCGUUUCCAGUGCAAAGAGGAAUUUCUGGGAUUCCUCUCCCCAGGAGAAUGUGUUGUCCCUGUGCAGCACAACUAGUGGAAAGCAGAUGAGCUGCUCUUCAGGCUCCAAUCAGCCAUGUCCUGGCAAUGUGCUGCCCCAGCAGAGCACGGAAUGCUGCUCCUUAGUUUUUGAUAGCGAUUACUCUGAUUGAGGGGUUUUGUUUGGUUUUCAGUGCCGGCAUGGCCAUCUCAGUCAGUUUGUUCCUCCGGGUGCAUUACCUGCUCAGUCUCCCGAAUUUGAUCCCACGCAGGUGAGUGAGCUCCUGUUGGACGGGCAAGAAAGGCUGAGUGACCUGUGUGCGUUACAGCCCUUGGAAACAAGCAAGGCUUGUGCCUGGCACGCUGUGACAUGUUACUGCGCGCUUGGAG